AAUAGUACACUUCAAGCUACCUGGCUGUUCACGUUUCACAUUUCAUAAGUAUGCAAGUUCAAGUGUUUAAAGUAUGACUCAUCUUUUGGGCCGUCAGGACUGUGUUGACAGUCUUCGUAGAGAUUUAAUUGACCUGCAGGGUGCCGUUCUAGACGUUUUCUCCCGAACAGGACCUGUCAGAUGUUCUUCAUGGAAAUUCCCAGAUAAGCAGUCUUGUAAUCUGGACCUUGUUUUGCUAUUGGAGAAAUAUGACUUUGUUGAGGGGGAAGAAGAAUUCAACCAGCACACUCACAUAGUUUUGCUGGAACUGGUGAUCGACAGACUGAUGCUUCUGCUGCAAAGCUUCAGCGCUCACAUCGACCUCAUUUUGGGUGGUAAAGAAAUGCUCCGGCACCAAUCAGAAUGUCAACCCUCAGUGUCCAUUGGCCCAGCGGUUAAAAACUUCUGGAAUAAUCUAGUGCAGCUUGGAAAACAGUAUCCCCGACAGACAAUGUUUAUAAUGUGCUCAAACCCAACCCAGCACACAGAGGCACUCAGAGCCAGUGGCAACCCAGCAGAGAAGCUCAUCCCUGGCAGCCUCUCUGCCUCCUCCCUCCAGGACAGCAGGGGCACAAUCACCCAGCCUCCCUCCCAACAUUGUCUCUCUGGACCAUCCCACAGCACGCCCAGACCCAGACCAGCACCCAGCAGCACAGCAUCCUCCUCCUCCUCUCACCUCUGUCAAUCAUACCCCCGCCUCACCUCCCCCUCCACCCUCAGCCAAUCAGCUGCCAGCUCUCCCUGCCCCACCCCCAACAGAGUCCCACCCACUCCCAGCAUCUCCGCAGACUGCCACAGUGUGGGCACCCAAACGGUGGAGUCCUCACUUGUACCUUGUGAUGCCUGUGCCAGCGUGCAGGCCAGCCUAAGGGAGUCCGGUGCUGCACUGGUGAACCUCUGCGAAACCCUUGGUCUGCCAUGCUCCCUACAGCGCCUCCUGGUGGUGGCGGAGGACUCCGCGAUGGCCGGCCGGCUGUCAGCCUGUGACGUGGCCCAGUGGGCGUCCGAGCAGAAGAGGGACAUGGGGCGCCUGGGGAAACACCACCAGGAGGUGAGUGCAACGCUGGACGCCCUCAGAGAGCAACUGAAGACAGCGGAGGAAGAGAGAGGGGAGCUGAAGACUUGGAUGGAGGGAGAGCUACAGGAGGAGCUGGAGGAACUGAGGAGAGGUGCUGUUUUAAUGCAGAGCAAGAACAAAGAGCUGAGUGCUGAACUGAGUUUGCAGAGGGAGGCCCUACACACACUUGCGGGCGAAAGUGAUGCUCUACAAGAGGAAGUGAGGCGUUUGCAGGCACAGGAAGUGACAUGGACCCAAGUGGAAGAGAGGAGGCGGGACCUGAUGACGGAUCUCAGCAACACUCGCUUGCUAUUAGACAAGGAAUGCGCCAAGUAUCAAAGUGCAACUCGUCAGCAUGAGUCUUUGCAGAUGAAACAGAGGGCUCUUCUGGAGCGUGUGGAUUCUCUGGUCUCUGAGUGUGAGGAGCUGCAGACCACACUGGAGGAGAAAGAGGAGCUCACACACACCCUCUCACACAUCUCUGAGGAGAGAGACACACUGAGUCAACAACUCACAAAGCAACAGGCUGAGUGUGUGGAGCUGCAGGAGGAGAGGGGGCGUCUGGCAGCUCGAGUGGCUGAGCUGGAGAGUGCCGCACGGGGCCUGAGGGAGGAGCUGAAGCAGGCUGCCCGGAGGGAGAGGAUGCUGGUGGCUUUCCCCGAGCUCAACCCCCUGGCACAGGGGGCGCCCCAGAGUACAGGUGACGUGCUGGGGGACAUGGAGCAGCAGCUGCAGGUGAACUGUCUGCGGAUCCGAGUCCUGGAGCAGGAGAACACGUCUCUGAGGAGCAGCCUGGAGAAGCUGAGGGAGAGGGGCAGAGUCAGAGCUGCCAACCAGCCUGCCGAGGUAUGGUCUCCUCAGCACCAGAGUAUGUCUGACAUGUCUAAACGUGUGCAGCAGAUGUAUCCAGCUAAUGCUGCCCGUAGCGCACAGGGUGAGCGGCGCCUGGCUGAAGUGAGUGUUGCUGCACAGGAUCGGGGCACUGCUGCAGCGGAUAUGGGCCCUUGGGAGCCCUCCCCUUCUCUCUCCCGGGGCCUCCCUUCUCCUUCCUCCCUCUCGUCCUUCUCCUUCUCCUCCUCCUCCACUACUCCCUCCAUCCUUCACCAGCAGACCCUCCAGCUCUCCCUCCCUCCGGAGUCCACGGAGGCCUCACAGACCUACGCCAAGAUCCGCCAGGCCGCUCGAGCCCGCUCCGCAGGCGGCCGACACCGGAGGAAGUGAUAUCACGACUGUCCCAUCCUAUGUCACAUGUGUUGCAACCAUAGCAGAAAUGGGAGUUGUGGAUUCCUCUCUCUUUCUCUUUUUCUCUCUCUCUGUAUGUGUGUGUGUGUGUUUGUAUGUCUUCAGAACAGAUUUGUCCUUUCUCCUGAGAAAAUGUUUACUUUAUGUGCAGUGUCACACAGGCUUUGGCCUUCUAAAUCUUUUGUCUAUCUUGGAAGAUUUGGACUACAAUCCAAAGUUGCCAGUCCAUGAAGAAGCAUGACCUCAACAACUGUUGACUUGCCCUAAGAGAAUGAUUGGAGGACUUUACUGUUCAGUGUCAGUUUUUGUUCUGUGUAUGUAUUGUUUCUGUGUUCAUGUUUUUUUUUUUUUUUAUCUUACUGUUGUUCCAUCAUGAUAAUGGAGGAUGUAAUUGUAAACUUUAAAGAUGUUAAUAAUAAAUACCUUUAAUCGGAUCAUUUUGCACAAUGAAAAGCAGUCCCUUUGUAAAUCAAAAAUGAAUUAUCUGGAACAAUUAGAAAUACAUCCAUUCUUUCAAGGCAUCCACACACACACACAGCAGCAUACUUUACUAAAUUGAGUGGUCAUGUGGGAGAA